AUGGCGUGGGAUGAUGGGAUCGAGCGCGGUGACGCCGUCGAUGACGAUGCGCUGUUGGCGGACGCGGCGGAGAAUCCGUACUUUAACGACGCGUUUCGCGAGGCGCUGGAGGACGCGCGGCGGCGCCAGAGCGAAGAGCGGAUGCGGAACAAGGCGAAGAUCGACGAUGAAGUGUCGCAAAUAAUGGCCAAGGUUCGAGCGGAGCGGGCGAUGCGGGCGGCGGCGAUGGGGCAGACGGUUGAGGAAGGGGGCGAGGGGGGGUCGGAGCCUGCGAAGGAGACCGAGCCGGAGCCGGUGACGCCCGCGGCUGAGGCGCCGCCGACGCCGUCGUCGCCGCCGCAGCGUCCCAUGGUUCAAUCGACGCCGACGCAGGUGGUAUCCGGAGACUCGCAGUUCACGGAUCUUCUCGAGCGACACAUCCUCGAGAUGACUGAGACGAGCAAGAACAACAUCGCCAAGCUCACGAAUGCAAAGGCCGCCGUUGAGGAAUCUCUGGCGAACGAAAGGGUCCAGCUCGCGCGCUUAGAGAUGCUCAUGGAUCGCGUUAAAAAAGAGUCGCGAUAUCGUCGCGCGGACGAAGCCUUGCGAAGGCGAAAACAACAGUAG